CCUGACUGCUGAAGGACCCAUAACAGAACAGAAGAACAAUCACGGAAGUGACUGGAAAACACAAUUAAAGUUUACUCUGGAGCUCCGAACAGGAUAGCCCGGGGGAGUAAAGAUGAACAACUUGUCUCCUGAGGUGUCCCUGAGCCGCGUGUCCCCUGCGCUGCGUCCGCUGCUGAGCGGUGUGGUCCGAAAUGGCAGCGUGGGACUGGACACCACCAACUGCCUGCGCAUCACAGACCUCAAGACCGGGUGCACUUCAUUGAUGACAGGACCAUGCUGUGAUCGCUUCAAACUCCACAUCCCAUACGCUGGAGAGACACUCAAAUGGGACAUCAUCUUCAACGCUGGAGAUCCCGUACUCCCCCCAGACUUCAUUUUUGGAGAAGACGCCGAGUUCCUCCCAGAGCCAUCUGAACUUCCACACCUGAGUGGUUGGGACUCCAGUGAUCCCGAGUGCCUCUUGCUGCUGGUUAAAGAGCUACUGCAGCAGUAUCACCAGUACCAAUGUCAGCGUCUGCGUGAGAGCUCUCGUCUGCUGUUUGAGUACGACAGCCUGCUGGAGGAGCCGGGAUACGGACGCAGCAUGGAGAUCUACGCAGGACGCAAGAACAGCUGGACGGGGGAGUUUUCCGCUCGCUUCCUGUUGAAACUCCCUGUGGACUUCAGCAACAUCCCCGUGUACCUACUGAAGGACACUGCGCUUGACCCAGCAGAGGACGUUGCUCUUCUCUCGGUCAGUUUUGAAGAUGCCGAGGCCACACAGGUGUUCCCCAAGCUCUACCUCUCCCCAAGCAUCGAGCAUGCUCUUGGAGGUCCGUCUGCCCUCCACAUCCCAGCAUUCCCCAGCGGAGGCUGUCUCAUCGACUACGUACCACAGGUCUGCCAGCUACUCACAAAUAAGGUGCAGUAUAUCAUUCAGGGUUACCAUAAGAGGAGGGAGUACAUCGCUGCAUUCCUCAGCCACUUUGGAAUGGGCGUAGUGGAGUAUGAUGGUGUUAAUUUCCCCCUGGGGUUUAUUAAAGUUACUCUACUCUAUUUUGAUGAUGAUUUCUGUUUCUGUCAGCAUAUGGACUUGCCGCUCUACUUCCCUCGUGAUCAGCCCACUCUGACGUUCCAGUCCAUCUACCACUUCACCAACAGCGGCCAGCUCUACUCGCAGGUGCAGAAGUCCUACCCCUACAGCCCCCGCUGGGACGGCAACGAGAUGGCCAAGAGAGCCAAGGCCUACUUCAAGAGCUUCAUCCCCCAGUUCCAGGAGGGGGCCUUUGCCAAUGGGAAGCUGUAGAGACGAGGAAGCGUUACCCUGAAUUAGCUCAGCAGGU